AUGAUUGUAAAAUUUGAGACAAAAAGUAAAAGAGUUAAGGGUUUAGCAUUUCAUCCCAUCAGACCUUGGUUGCUAUCUGCCUUACACACAGGUUAAAUAUAGCUUUGGGAUUACAGACUCAAAACAUUGUUAGAUGAAUUCGUUGAUCACGAUGGUCCAGUUAGAGGUAUUGAUUUUCAUUCUAGCUAACCUCUUUUUGUUUCUGGUGGUGAUGAUUUCAAGAUAAGAGUUUGGAAUUAUAAGCUUAAAAAAUGUUUGUUUAUUAUGAAGGGUCAUUUAGAUUAUAUCCGUACAGUCCAGUUCCAUAAAGAACUUCCAUGGAUUGUUAGUGCUUCCGAUGAUUAAACAAUUCGUAUUUGGAAUUGGUAAAGUCGUUCAAUGAUAGCAAUUUUAACAGGCCAUUCUCACUAUGUCAUGUGUGCAAAAUUCCAUCCUACAUAAGAUCUUAUAGUUUCAUGUUCCCUUGAUCAAACUUUACGUAUUUGGGAUUUCAGCGCCACUCGUAAAAAAUCUAUGCAAUCAAAUUCAAAAACUUAAACUUAAAAUUUCGGAGCAAAUGAAGUUGAAGUUCAUUCAGUUCUUGAAACUCACGAAAGGGGUGUUAACUGGUGUGAUUUCCAUCCAGAUAUGAAUUUGAUUGUUUCAGGUGCUGAUGAUAGAAAAAUUAAGCUUUGGAAAUUUAAUGAAAGUAGAGCAUGGGAUCAUGAUUCUUUAUAUGGACACAAAAAUAACGUUUCUUCUGUUGUCUUCCACCCAAAAUUAAACCUAAUUAUCUCUAAUAGUGAAGAUAAAACAACAAAAGUUUGGGAUUUAAACAGGAGAGUUGCCAUAUCAACUUUCACUAGAGACAAUGAUAGAUUUUGGGUAAUAGCUGUUCAUCCUUAAAAUUUAACUUUUGCUUCAGGUUGUGAUAAUGGUUUCUAUGUUUUCAGUUUGUUCUCAGAUAAAAUGCCUUAGUCUCUUCCUGAUCCAAACUGUCUCCUCUUCGGCUUUAGAAAAUAGAUUAAAGCUUAUAACUUUGUUAAAAAAAGCAUUACUGUUUCCAAGGAAUUCGAAAGUUAAGCAACCAUUAUUUAGGAAAAUAUUAAUUUCUUUUAACAAAAUCCUUUUGAAACCUCACAAGCUUAGUUCUUAGUAGGUACUGACACAAAAGAAAAAUCAAUCUAUAAAUUCUAUCUAUUAACUUAUAACACCAAUAACUACGAUGAUUUGCAAAAAGAAAGAGAAGAUUGCAAAACUUUUACAGGAAAGGGUGCAGUUUUUGUUUCAAAAAAUAAAAUUGCUAGAAUUAAAGAAAAUAGAACAGUUGAAAUUUACAAUUUUGACUUAAGCACAUAAAGCAACCCAAUUUCUGAUAUUACAGAUGUGAACAGAGUUUUUUCAGGUCCUAUUGGAAAUGUAAUUUUCAGCACUGAUGAAAGCUUAAUACUAUACAAUAUUACCACAAAAAAAGAAAUUGGAAAGAUUCCUAUGAAAGCUGAAUAUAAGGUCAAAAAUGCUUACUGGAAUAAGAAUAAUACUAUGGUUGCUCUUGUUGCUAAGAAAUCUAUUCAUGUUAUGAAUAAAAACUUAGGAAAGAUUUGCACUAUUAAUGAAAAGUUUAAUGUUAAAUCAUUAAUAUGGCAUGGAAACGUUUUAAUUUAUACAACUAUCAACCAUUUAAAGUUUGGCCUUCUAAAUGGUGAUAGUGGCAUUAUCAAAUGUAUUGAUGAAAACCUUAAAGCUGUUAAAGUUGAAGGCAAUACAUUCUUUGGUAUUAAUCCUUCUGCUGAAAUUGUUACAAUUAAUAUCAACACUGAAGAAUUGCAAUUAAAGAAAUCCUUAUUUGAUAAAAACUGGGAAAAAAUUAAAUAUUACAUGGAUGCUAACAAUAAAUUAGGUAAUUCUGUCAUUUCCUAUUUAUAUAAAAAGAAUUAUUCUGGAAUUGCCCUCAAUUUAGUCAAUGAUCCUAAAACUAAAUUCUCAUUAGCCAUUAACUCAGGUAAUUUAGAAUAAGCCUUUAAAUGUGCUAAAGAACUUAAAGAUAAAGAAAUUUGGGCAAAAUUAGCUCAAGAAGCAAUCAGAUAGGGUGACCAUUAAAUAAUAGAAAUUGCUUACUAAAAUAUAAAAGAAUAUGAAAAGCUCUCUUUCUUGUAUACUGUAUGUGGUAAAACUGAAUAUUUAAAGAAAAUGCUUGAAAUCUCUUAAAAAAGAGGAGAUAUCAUGAGCAGAUUCAGCAACUCACUUUACCUAGGUAACAUUGAAGAAAGAAUUAAAAUUUUAGCUGACUCUAAUUAACUCGCACUUGCAUAUCUAAUGGCUGUAGCUCAUAAUAAGUCAGAAUAUGCUGAAACCUUAAAAAAAGGAAUGGAGCAAGUCCCAGACAUCUAGUAACUUAAAUAAUUUAAAAUGAGCGCUCUUGUGCCCCCAAAACCUUUGGUAAAAAUAAUUGAAAGCAGUCCUUAAGCUUAAAGAAAAUGGCCUUAAAACCAUAUUCCUGAAGAGUACAUGGUUGUUCUUGCUGAUCAAGAUAAUUAAGAAUAGCAAACUAAUUUACCAGAAAAUGCAGUUUAACAAAAUAUUGUUGACGAAGAACCAGCUGCUAUAGAUGAUGAUGCUAAGAAACAAGAUAAUGCUAAACCUAACUUUGCAAAUCAAGUAGAUGAUGAAGAAUUCGAAGAUGCAGGUGAUGUUUGGCCUGAUGUAGAAUUACCUGAUGAUGUAGAUAUUCCUGAUUCAGGUCCUUAAGCUACAGAGUAGACUCCUAUUACUUCUAACUUCAUUCAACCUGAAAGUAAACUUCUUAAGACUGUUAAGCAAUCUCUUAUUCCCUCUAAUCAUAUCAUAUUUGGAUUUUUCGAAAAUGCUUUCUCUUUCUGGAAAAAGUAACUCGGUAUCUAUAAUUUCGAUCCUUUGCUCUCUGAAGCUAUCAAAGUAGCUACUUCUUCAUUAACUGUAAUCUCAUCAAUCCCUUAUGUCCAAUCAAGUAUUUCUCCCAUCCAUCAGGAUAACAAACCUUUUGUGUGCAGAAAUCUCAACUCUUUAGAAAUUUUAUUGAAAAAAGCAUAGAGAUUUACAACUGAAGGUAAAUUCCAAGAAUCUGAAAAUGCUUUUUAUGAUAUUUUGCACUCUAUUCCUUUUGUUAAAUUACAAAAAGAAUCAGAAAUUAAUGAUAUCAAGUCAUUAAUUUAAAUUUGCUUUAAUUAUAUUAUGGCUAUGAAAUGCGAGCUAAGAAAAAAUUAAGAACAAGAUAGAACUUUUGAAUUGUAGUGCUAUAUGGCUAUCUGCAAUCUUAAGCCUAUUCAUCGUGUUCUCACAUUAAAAUAAGCUAUGAGUGCUGCUUAUAAAAAUAAAAAUUUCAUAUAUUGCAGCUAUUUUGCUAAAAAGUUAAUUAGGGUUGUUGAAGCUAACCCUAAUGCAGCUAAACCUGAAGUUUUGCAAAGUGCUUAAAAAUUCCUUAGAGCAUGUGAAACUCAAGGUACAAAUGCUCAACAAAUAGUAUUUGAUGAUGCAUGGUUAUACGAUGACGAUGCCACAUACAAUAUUGAUCCUUCAACUAUGAAAAUAAAUAAAAAUGUUAAAGAAGCUGCCAAAUGUCCUUAUUGCACAGCUAAAGUAGACCAAUCUCUUAAUGAAACAAUUUGUCCUCUUUGCAAUCUAGGAAAAAUAGGAGCUCAAGUUAUAGGCAUUAAAUUAGAUUAAUGA